AAGGGGACGUUGGAUCCGAGACUGGUGCAGAUUUAUGAGGGUGAGAGGAGGAUGGGGGAUCGGAACAGUGUGUUGAGGGGGAUAAAGCCUACGGACUUUUCGCAUAUUCGCAAGCUGGCUGCGCAGUUCAUGACUAGGAAGCCGACUGGUGGGAGUGGUGAUAUUCGGUCUAGCACCAACAUCAGCAAUAACCCUUCGCUUGCGCUCAAUCAGAAACCGGCUAGGCGCCCGGAUCCGAUUAUCCUCUUGUCUCCGUCGGCUUCUUCGUUGCUCAGGAUGUCGAACGCGAAGGCUUUCCUCGAGGGAGGGAGGUAUACGCCUCCUGACCAUAGCACACCCCCAACGAUGCUUGCUGUGUCACGUAUCAUCAAGGACAUGGACCCCAACCGACCAAUUAGGUUCAUUCUUGUGGAGGGUCCGGAGAACUUCAGGCCGGAGUACUGGAACCGAGUGGUGGCUGUUUUUACCACGGGCCAGACCUGGCAGUUCAAGAGUUACAAGUGGACGAACCCCGUGGAGCUGUUCAAGCAUGUACAGGGUGUGUAUCUGGGGUGGAGAGGGGAGCAGCCUCCUGAGAGCGUGAGGGCGUUUGGGCAUAAGGUGCUCGCGUGUUCGGUUGAAAAGUGGAGGGAUCCGGGUCAGCCGGGGGCGGAGCAGAGCCGGUGGAGGGAUCGGGAGGUGGUGGAGAGUAUUUGGAAGGCGAUUGAGACGAAUAUGAGGGCUAAGGGAUGGAGGAAGGAUGCGGCGCCUACUAGCAUUUAG